UGCACACAGAAGCCAUCGGUCGAGAAGCACCUCCGAACAAGAAACCAAGACGAACACUAGGGAUCAAAAUUGGUUCGGGAAAAAUGUCGAAGGAGAAAAAGAACCCUUUUUGAUGUGCUGAUGCUGCUGGGCAUUUCGCGGGAUCCCCAAGCAAGCGAGGAGGCGCCGCGCUGUGUACCAUUUUUAGUUCUUUCCUCGUGAGGGGGGAAAGAGGCUAGAAGCUAGAUACGGGGGGAAAAGGGCCGAGGGGACGGCAAGGCGCCGCUGUUUGGUGGGUUUAGGAGGUUUUGGGGGGAAUGGCGAUGGCUCUCCGGCCGCAGAGCCCUCUGUGUCCUCGGAGCCGGCAGCAGCCGCUCGUCGUCCGCCCGGCCGGUGGCGCCGGCCUCCCGCAGCCUUUAUUAGUGACCAGCAGAUUUACUCGAAGCAGGAUUGUUCGAUGCAUGGCAACAAGUUCAGAUUCUCCUAAUAGGAAAUCAAGGAGGACUAUAUCUCCUCAUGUCGAAGUCAUUUCUUCUAGAGGAUAUACUCCAAGACUCACUGUUGAAUUGAGCACCAAGAAGAGAGAAGAUGAAGAGACUGUUGGCACAUACAAUAGGCUAUUCAGUACUGAUGCAACAGAAUGGACAGGUAGUAGAGAAGCAGGAACUGCUGAAGCGGAUACACCACAAAAUGCUUCAACCGGAUCAAUAAUGGGGGAAGGGGAUGUGGUGGAUCAAGACAUAUUUGAGGUGGACACACCGAGCAGCGUAACAGCAGGGAGAGUGGAUGCAGCAGGCAAAGCUGGGGUUGAACAAGACAUAUUUGAGGUGGAUUUGUCAGCAACUGCAUUGAGCAGUGCAAUAAUUGGGGGAUUGGAUAUGAUGGAUGAAGAUGGGGCAGUACAAGAACAAGAAUCAUUUGAGGCGGUUUUGUCAGGAAAUGUUUCAAGUAGUCCAACAAUUGGGGAAGUGGAUGUGGUCGAUGAAGCUGGGCCUGCACAAGACACAUUUGAGGUGACUGUGUCAGGGAAUGUUUCAACCAGUGCAAUGAUGGGAGAAAUGGAUGCGGUUGAUGAAGCUGGGUCUGAUCAUGACUCAGCUGAGACAUAUUUGUCAGGAAAGGGUUCAAGCAGUGUACUAAUGAUGGGACUGAAUGCAGUUGAUGAGGUUGGGGCUGAUUAUGACAUAUUUAACAUAGAUUUGUCAGGAAAUGUUUCACGCAGUGCAACAAUGGGGGAAGUGGAAGCGGUUGAUGAAGCUGGGACUGAUCAUGGCACCUUUGGGACAUAUUUAUCUAUUGCAGCAACGGGAGAAGUGGGCGUGGUUGAUGAAGCUGGGGUUGAUCGUGACAUUUUUGAGACAGAUUUGUCAGGAAAUGUUUCAAGAAGUGCAGCAACCGGCCAAGUGAAUGCGGUUGAUGAAGCUGGUGCUGAUCAAGACAAGUUUAAAGUGAAUUUGUCUGGAAAUAUUGCAAUCAGUGUGGCACAUGAGGAAGUAGAUGUGAUGGAUGAUGCUAGAGCAGAAGGAACAUUGGAGAUGGAUUUGUCAGGCAGUGUUUCAGGCAAUGAUGAAGAAGAGGCUUACGAACAAUUAUAUCCAGCACUGUCUACAAUUCCCAUGGGGGGCAAUGCUAUGGAUAAAACACCUGUAUGUUUGAAGCCUGAGCUGACACUUGUCAGGGUCCAUGAACAAGGCGAAUCAAAUUUAAGUGUUCAUGAGCAAGAAGAAUCAACUGUUACUUUCUAUGAACAAAAUCAACUGGCGAUUCCCUUCCGUGAGCAAGAGCUAACUAUUAUUGCUUUUGAUAAACAAAACCUGCCAACUGCCAAAUUCCCUAAACAAGACCAAUCUAUUGCUGCCCUUUCUGAGCAAAAGAAAUCCAUCGUUGCUUCCUAUAGACAAGACCGAUCAAUUCUUGAUUUACCAGAACAACACCAAUCAAUCAUUGGUUCGCAUAAACAUGAUAAAUCAAUUGCUGAUGCCUCUGAACAGAUCCAUUCCAUUGUUGGUUCUUUUAAACAACGCCAAUCAAUUGUUGCUUUCCGCAAACAAGACCAGGCAAUUGUUAGUGUUCCCAAGCAAAAGCAGUCCAUAGUUGCAUUCCGUAAACAAGAUCUUUCAAUUGUUGGUCUCCAAAAACAAAACGUAUCAAUCAUUGAUACCUCGGGAGAGGAACAAACAAAACAAGUGGCUGUUAUUGAUAGGCAUGAUGCAUUACAUAUGAAGGGAGUGGAAGCUAAGGAUGAGUAUUACACAUAUCAAAAAGAUGGUGGACAUGCGCUUCAUGUAAAUUUUGAUGUUGACAACUUGCUGCAGAAACAUCAGACCGAAAGAACCGAAGAAGCAGUGGGAAUGACUACCAGCAAGAAAGUUAACGAGGAACAUAUUUCCAUGACUGAAGAUCAGAUAGGUGCUGCUAAAGAGCAGAUGAUAGUUACUGAGGAUGGGCUUUCUAUGAAUGAAGUUGGAACAGGGGUAGGUGAUAAAGUUGAACAUUUACUUUCUGAAGAAGAGCUUUCCCAGGCAGAAGACGAAGUGGGACUAAUUGAGGAUGAUGGACAGUAUGAGGUAGAUGAGACCUCUGUGUCCGUUGAGCCAGAUAUCCAGGAGUUGCCACAGGAUGUCGUGGAUCCACACGAAUUACAGAGGAUGCUUCAAGAACUCGCUGGCAAAAAUUACUCGAUGGGAAACAAACUUUUCGUUUUUCCAGAGGUAGUGAAAGCCGAUUCAGUAAUUGAUCUUUAUUUAAAUCGUGACCUAACAGCUUUAGCCAGUGAGCCCGACGUCGUCAUCAAAGGAGCAUUUAAUGGUUGGAAAUGGAGGCUUUUCACUGAAAGGUUAAACAAGAGUGAUCUGGGAGGGGUUUGGUGGUCCUGUAAACUGUAUAUACCCAAGGAGGCCUACAGAUUGGACUUUGUGUUCUUUAACGGUCGGUCAGUCUAUGAAAAUAAUGGCAAUAAUGAUUUUUUCAUAGAAAUAGAAAGCACUAUGGAUGAAGAUAUAUUUGAGGAUUUCUUGGUUAAAGAAAAGCAAAGGGAACUUGAGAGACUUGCCAUCGAAGAAGCUGAAAGGAGAACACAGACUGAGGAACAGCGGCGAAGGAAGGAAGAAAAGGCUGCAGAUGAAGCUAUUUGGGCACAAGUGAAGGCCGAGGUAGAGACAAAGAAGAAUAAAUUGCACAAUAUGUUGAGUUUAGCCAGAACAUGUGUUGACAAUUUGUGGUACACAGACACUAGCACAGAUACAAGAGGGGAUACUGUCAGAUUGUAUUAUAACAGAAACUCGAGGCCACUUAUGUAUAGUACUGAGAUUUGGAUGCAUGGUGGUUACAACAAUUGGACUGAUGGACUCUCUAUUGUUGAAAGGCUUGUCAAGUGCAAUGACAAAAAUGGUGAUUGGUGGCAUGCAGAUGUUAUUCUACCUGAAAAGGCACUUGUGUUAGACUGGGUUUUAGCUGAUGGGCCACCUGGGAAUGCAAGGACUUAUGAUAACAAUGGUCGACAAGAUUUCCAUGCUAUUCUUCCAAACGUCUGGACUGAGGAAGGCUAUUGGGUGCAAGAGGAACAUAACAUCUAUACAAGGCUUCUGCAAGAAAGGAGAGAAAGGGAGGAGGCUAUCAAAAGAAAGACUGAGAGAAGUGCAAAAAUGAAAGCUGAGAUGAAGGCAAAAACUAUGCGAAGGUUUCUGCUUUCCCAGAAACACAUCGUUUAUACUGAACCACUUGAAAUAUGUGCUGGAACUACAGUGGAGAUAAUAUACAAUCCGUCUAACACGGUGCUGAAUGGGAAGCCGGAGGUUUGGUUUAGAGGCUCCUUUAACCUUUGGAUGCAUCCAAGUGGUGCAUUGCCACCCCAGAAGAUGGUGAAAGUGCAAGAUGGCUCGCUCUUGAAGGCAACAGUUAGCGUUCCACCGGAUGCCUAUAUGUUGGACUUUGUUUUCUCCGAAUCGGAAGAUGGUGGGAUCUAUGACAAUAGGAAUGGCAUGGACUAUCAUAUUCCUGUUUCUGAUUCAAUUGGAACAGAAGAUCACAUGCAUAUUGUCCACAUUGCUGUUGAGAUGGCUCCCAUUGCAAAGGUUGGAGGUCUGGGUGAUGUUGUUACGAGUCUUUCACGUGCUGUUCAAGAUUUAGGCCAUACUGUUGAGGUUAUUCUUCCAAAGUAUGACUGUUUAAAGCAAAGCAGCGUGAAGAAUCUACAUUUGUAUACAAGUUUUUCUUGGGGUGGUACAGAAAUAAAAGUAUGGACUGGACUAGUCGAAGACCUCUUGGUUUACUUCCUGGAACCUCAAAAUGGGAUGUUUGAGGUCGGAUGUGUAUAUGGAAGGAACGAUGACCGCAGAUUUGGCUUCUUCUGUCAUUCUGCUCUAGAGUUUCUCCUCCAGAAUGGGUCUUCUCCGCAUAUAAUACACUGCCAUGAUUGGUCAAGUGCUCCGGUUGCCUGGAUAUAUAAGGAACACUAUGCGCAAUCCAGAUUGGCAAGUGCCCGGGUUGUAUUUACCAUACACAAUCUUGAAUUCGGAGCACAAUAUAUUAGUAAAGCAAUGGCAUACUGUGAUAAAGCCACAACUGUUUCUCAUACGUAUUCGAGGGAAGUGACAGGCCAUGGUGCCAUCGCUCCUCAUCGUGAAAAAUUCUACGGCAUCCUCAAUGGAAUUGAUCAAGAUAUCUGGGAUCCAUACACUGAUGACUUUCUCCCGGUCUCUUAUACUUCUGAAAACGUUGUUGAAGGCAAGAGUGCUGCAAAAAGGGCAUUGCAGCAGAAGUUUGGACUGCAACAAACUGAUGUCCCUAUUGUUGGAAUCAUCACCCGUCUGACACCCCAGAAGGGAAUCCACCUCAUAAAACAUGCAAUUCAUCGGACUCUCGAAAGCAACGGACAGGUGGUUUUGCUUGGUUCAGCUCCAGAUCCUCGAAUACAAGGUGAUUUUUGCAGAUUGGCUGAUUCUCUUCAUGGUGUUUACCACGGUCGGGUGAAGCUUGCUCUAACAUAUGAUGAACCUCUUUCGCGUCUGAUAUAUGCCGGCUCUGACUUCAUCCUUGUUCCAUCUAUCUUUGAACCCUGUGGCUUAACUCAACUUGUUGCUAUGCGUUAUGGAUCAGUCCCCAUAGUUCGGAAAACUGGAGGGCUCUAUGAUACGGUCUUUGACGUAGAUAAUGAUAGAGAGCGGGCUCGAUCUCUUGGUCUCGAGCCAAACGGAUUCAGUUUCAACGGAGCUGACAGCAACGGUGUGGAUUAUGCCCUGAACAGAGCAAUCGCCGCUUGGUUUGAUGCCCGCGACUGGUUCCACUCCCUUUGCAAGAGGGUCAUGGAGCAAGAUUGGUCAUGGAACCGGCCAGCGUUGGACUACAUCGAAUUGUACCAUUCCGCACGCAAAUUCUGAUACCCAGCAGAACCAGCGCAAGGACAAGCAUGUUGUCGGAUUGGAUAGAGUCAUACAGGUUUACCAUUGCCAGGUUUCUGGAUACUGCUGUGCAGGUCCUUGCCCUAAAUAUCCAGUGCCGCCUCCUCCUGCUAGCUGGGGCAAUACAGAAAACGCAGUGCAGUCUGCACAUGUGGCCGGCAGAGGUUAUGUAAUUGGGAUAGCUGCAGAAUGAAAGUGGUUCAAGGAUUUCUCUAUGCUCCCUAGUUUUGGUUGCUUUAUGUACAUAUUCUGUAAGUUCUUUGGGAAGACAUGGAUCGACAUUUACAAUUUCUCUUCCUCUUCCCUCCCAUCUGGAAAUGUUUAAAUGCAUCGCUGAGAUACAAGCUAAACUUUGGAUGCUUGCUAGUGUCAAGGCCCUAAGGGGACUACCUGGCUUUCCCUUGCAUGGGAGUAGCUCUCUGCUGUUUAUUCUUCGUUUUUUGGCUUU